AUGGCCAAGAGACAGAGAUCCACCUCCGAGUCUUCCGACAGGAACAAAAAUAAGAAGAAUAACGAGCCCAAGUACACGACACGUCAGCCGGUGCCUCGUGCCCGCGACAUCCAAGCGCCCAGCAUCCUAACAAGCCGCCAAACCGUCACCCCGGACGGCGAAGCGCCCAUGUACUUCCGCAACCAUGUCGAGUCUCGCGGUCCCAUGGCGCAGAUCCAAUGGCACUCUCCCACCCCCGACGCAUCCAUCCCGCUCACCGAAGCCGAAGAGCGAGUCUGCGUGCGCAAGCUGAUCACCGCCUUCACGAACAUACAACACGCCAACGACAGCAACGGAAGCAAGUACAAGAAGAGGCUCGAUCCGAUGUCCGACUACUACCAACCGUGGGCCAUUGAAGCAUGCGCAUGGGACAUCGUGAACGAAGUCAAGAAGAUACACACAAACGGCUUCCAAUACGACAAGAUUUUUGACAAGGAAAUAUUGAGAGCCAUGGAGCAGACCAAGAAUCUCUUCUUCGACGAGCGAAUCAUCAUCAUCUGCCGGAUGAUCGAGGUACCUCCGCACCCACCGCCAAUGUCCCACCAACUCCCAUUAACCGACUCGACUAACACACUCCAGAACUCGAAAUUCGUCGGCGUCAACCUUCUCAAGGAUGAGAAGCUGAUCACCACCAUCGCCGCCCCUUUCAAGCUGUACGCCAGCUCCCUCUCCAACAAUGUCUCUAACAGGAGGCGCAAUGCGCUGUUGGUGGCGGGUCGGGAGGCGGGAAAUGCCAAGGAGAGUGUCGAGGCUUGCGUUCCUCCUGGCUCUCCGUCGCCCGAGGACGCGGCUGCUGAGGCUAUGUUGGUGCUCUCCAGCAGUGCACAUCUCGACACCAUCAACCGCUGGCGCUAG